GUGCAGCCAAGGUCAAGGUACUCCAUGGCGGAGCUUUCAAUCCAAGGGAGUUGUAUCGGAUUUAUUUUCGGCGGAUAGCUGUCAGUUCUGGUUGCUAUCAUAAAAGUCAGUGUAAAAAAUUUGUUGCUGAGACCAUGAUCUAUGGACGACCUUUGGGCCAUGCUUAAAUGACUUUGAGAAUGUCCACAUAUCCGAGACCUGUCAUCCUAUACAUGAUUGGUUCGUCCAUAAAUUAUAGUCUCACCAUCGGAGUGUCAGCACUCCACAUAAGCAAACCUUAUAUUCUCACGCCAAGUAAAUAAUCCUUUACUACCGAAACGGUGUUGUCGGAGUCCCAUGAAUGCAUGGGGUCGGAUUACUUCUAAUUACUUUGUGGUGCUAUAGUAAAUAAUCCGCAUUCCGUCUUCUAAAGUUACAGUCUAUCCCAUUGUUAAUGAUCAGGUACAUCUGGUCUGGAUUUAGGUAUUGUGUCGGGUAUAGUUUGUAAAUUACUAAUUGUCCUGCACUAUUUAAUUGAAUAUAAAUCCUUCACUUACCGAAUCAAUUUUUCUGUUUCAGAUUUUCGUUUAGCCUAAUCGAAUUACACUUUUCUCGAAAACCAUCUUUAUGGGCCGCAUGGAAAUAUAUUAACGAUUGCAAUUAACAUAUGCAUGAGGUUUAAAAUGCAUUGUUUGUGUCAAUUGCGUAAACAACAUACUUGAUAUUAUGAUCAUCCUGUGAAUAUAUCAUGGCAAACAGUGAGAACACCGGAUUAUCUAAAGCUGCAACUGCUGGAACCAUCUUUGGUACUGGAUUAUUGAGUUGUGGACGUGUAGACAAGCGUACCUUUCUAAGUGCUCUCCUGGGUGCUGGACUAGGAUUCGGACUAGGGAUCCUUUCACAUGGUCUGUUAAAUGGUUUAUUACUAUUCUUGAAACGUGAUAAACAGAGUGAACAAUUGCGUCAUAUGACUGAACAGUUAGCUAUUGUUAGAGCGGAAUUGUCGGAAUUGCGUAAUGAAUUAUAUAAUACUCAAGUAAAGAGUUUGGAUAGCAAAGACAAUGAUGACGUCCCACCAAUUUUUAUAGGCGAUGAUGACUACGACCUAGAUGAUGAUUACGAAAACUACUUCGAUGUGGAAAAUGUCGGUGAUGACAUGAAUUCCCCAUCGAUUCAGUUCGGUAAAUUUCCAGAGGAAGUUUUAUCGUCGGCAAAUUCAUUUCAAAGUGUUGGUAGUCAUUUAAGCAACAACUCUUCUUAUUGGUCGAUGACGGUUCAAGUUCCGACCGAUGUGCUAGAGGAAAUAGAUAAACUGGCUGAUUAUGCUUUAGGUGAGUAUUCAUCAAGUGACUCACAAAUGCAUCCUAAUGACAAUGAUAUCAAUCCAAGCAUACAAGCUUACGCUAGAUGUCUAAUAUACAUGCAAAAGUAUCGUUAUUGCCCAGAAUUCUUGUGGCGUUUAGCUCGUGCUACCUACAUAGCCAGUGCAGAAGCGCCAUUAGAUGAAGCUGUGUCACAAAAGGAUGAUGUAUCACACGGUCAUCUUACUUUAAAUGAUAUUGCUUAUAAAGUGCAAACUCGUCGCCAGUUUAUCGAGUCAGGAAUAAAACAUGCACGUCGAGCGUUAAGUCUCGCACAAAGAGUUUCUCCACCACCGUUGGAUAACGAUCCAACAAAACUAGCUCCAAUAUAUAAAUGGUUAGCUAUUUUAGUUGGUGUCUAUUCAUCUUACCUCAGUGCUCAACAAAGAAUACAGUAUGGUUAUGAAUUUAAGGAAUUAAUUGACACCGCAAUCAAGCUUGACGCCUCUGAUGCCUUAUCCUAUUAUCUACAAGGUCGUUGGUGUUAUGAGGUGUAUAAUGUUUCGUGGAUUGAGCGCCAGAUUGCAUCUAGGUUAUUUGGCAAGCCUCCGACAUCAACCAUUGAGGAAGCUGAGACAGCAUUUGGAAAGGCUGAAGAAUUGCGCCCAAACCAUUACGCUGCACUGUAUCUUUAUCAAGCUAAAUGUUCUUUGACUUACUUAGAUUACAAAACAGCACUGUAUAAAUUAAACAAAGCUCGAGGCUUAUUUGGCCAACACAGAUAUCCUAUACCACACACAGAUAUCGGUUCUGUACAACAAGAAGUAGAUCAACUGUACCACAAGUACUCUGGAUACCAAUAAAAUCAUGUAUAUAGCGAAAAAUAUAUAUUACUUUAAUUUAUAUAUUUCUCAUUGUUCCCAUUCACUUAAGUUGUAUCUUAUUCAAAACGGAAAUUUUGUGAUAUAUACAUAGUGCGUGAAGAAUUACAUAUGAUCAAGAUAUUCG